AAACAAAUUUGACAGUCACUGUGGAUUUCACACCAACAUCAUCAUGGAACAUUUCAACUGACUUAGACAAAGAUUACUUCCUGACACUUGAUGAGCCUAUGAAUAACAUAACCACCACUCUUGGCCAGACAGCAGAACUGCAUUGUAAAGUCUCCGGCAAUCCUCCUCCAACUGUACGCUGGUUGAAAAAUGAUGCACCAGUGGUUCAAGAACCCCGAAGGAUAUCUUUCCGUGCAACGAGCUAUGGGUCUCGAUUACGAAUAAGAAACCUUGACACUACAGAUACAGGCUACUUCCAGUGUGUUGCAACUAAUGGCAAGAAGACCGUUUCCACGACUGGUGUGUUGUUUGUGAAAUUUGGUCCUCCACCAACAGCAAGUCCAGGAUCAUCAGAUGAGUAUGAAGAGGAUGGUUUUUGCCAGCCGUACAGAGGAAUUGCUUGUGCAAGGUUUAUUGGGAAUCGAACGAUUUAUAUGGAGUCUUUACAUAUGCAAGGUGAAAUAGAAAAUCAAAUUACAGCUGCCUUCACCAUGAUCGGCACUUCCAGUCACUUAUCUGAUAAGUGCUCCCAGUUUGCUAUUCCUUCGCUGUGCCACUAUGCUUUCCCAUACUGCGAUGAGACUUCAUCAGCUCCAAAGCCCCGGGAUCUAUGCCGUGAUGAAUGUGAAAUCCUGGAAAAUGUUCUGUGUCAAACAGAGUAUAUUUUUGCUAGAUCUAAUCCAAUGAUUCUUAUGAGAUUAAAGCUGCCAAACUGCGAAGAUCUUCCCCAGCCAGAUAGCCCAGAAGCUGUGAAUUGUAUCCGGAUUGGAAUUCCUAUGGCAGAUCCUAUAAAUAAAAAUCACAAAUGUUACAACAGCACAGGAGUAGAUUACCGAGGAACUGCGAGCGUGACAAAGUCCGGACGGCAGUGCCAGCCGUGGAAUUCCCAGUAUCCGCACACGCAUACCUUCACUGCUGUCAGAUACCCAGAGCUAAAUGGGGGCCAUUCUUACUGCCGCAAUCCCGGGAAUCAGAAAGAAGCCCCGUGGUGUUUUACCUUAGAUGAAAACUUUAAGUCUGAGCUCUGUGACAUCCCAGCAUGUGAUUCUAAGGACUCGAAAGAGAAGAAUAAAAUGGAAAUCCUAUACAUACUGGUGCCAAGUGUUACCAUUCCCCUGGCUAUAGCCCUGCUAUUCUUCUUCAUCUGCAUCUGCCGUAACAAUCAGAAGUCUUCCUCUCCUCCAGUCCAAAGACAACCCAAACAUGUCAGAGGGCAAAAUGUAGAGAUGUCAAUGCUAAGUGCAUACAAACCAAAGAGCAAAGCUAAGGAAUUGCCACUUUCUGCUGUUCGAUUUAUGGAAGAACUGGGUGAAUGUGCUUUGGGCAAAAUCUACAAGGGGCAUCUCUAUCUUCCUGGCAUGGACCAUGCUCAGCUUAUUGCUAUCAAGACACUAAAAGACUUUAACAAUCCACAGCAGUGGGCAGAGUUUCAGCAGGAGGCAUCUCUGAUGGCAGAACUUCAUCAUCCUAACAUUGUCUGUCUCCUAGGUGUUGUGACUCAGGAACAACCAAUCUGCAUGCUUUUUGAAUACAUGAACCAGGGGGACCUUCAUGAAUUUCUUAUCAUGAGAUCACCACACUCAGAUGUUGGAUGUAGCAGUGAUGAGGAUGGAACUGUAAAAUCCAGUCUGGAUCAUGGGGAUUUCCUGCAUAUUGCAGUUCAAAUUGCAGCAGGAAUGGAAUAUUUAUCAAGUCAUUUUUUUGUCCACAAAGACCUUGCUGCUCGCAACAUUUUAAUUGGAGAGCAACUUCAUGUGAAAAUUUCGGACCUUGGACUAUCAAGAGAAAUCUAUUCAGCGGAUUAUUACAGAGUUCAAAAUAAGUCCCUCUUGCCAAUUCGUUGGAUGCCGCCAGAAGCCAUUAUGUAUGGCAAAUUCUCUUCUGAUUCAGAUAUUUGGUCCUUUGGUGUUGUCUUAUGGGAAAUUUUCAGCUUUGGACUUCAGCCAUAUUAUGGGUUUAGUAAUCAAGAAGUCAUAGAGAUGAUCAGGAAACGGCAACUGUUACCGUGCUCUGAAGACUGUCCUCCCAGAAUGUAUAACCUGAUGACAGAGUGUUGGCAUGAUCUUCCAUCUCGGAGACCAAGAUUUAAAGAAAUCCAUGCCAGGCUGCGUUCUUGGGAGGGUCUUUCAAGUCACACUAGUUCCACGACUCCCUCUGGUGGAAAUGCCACCACUCAAACAACUUCACUCAGUGCAAGUCCAGUUAGUAACCUAAGUAAUCCUAGAUACCCUAAUUACAUGUUUCCAGCACAGGGUAUACCACAAGGCCAAAUUGCUGGGUUCAUUGGACCACCCAUACCUCAAAACCAACGAUAUAUUCCAAUCAAUGGAUACCCAAUUCCUCCAGGAUAUGCUGCUUUUCCAGCUGCCCAUUAUCAACCACAAGGUCCGCCCAGGGUUAUUCAGCACUGCCCACCUCCAAAGAGUCGUUCUCCAAGCAGUGCAAGUGGAUCAACUAGCACUGGUCAUGUGACUAGCUUGCCAUCUUCAGGAUCCAAUCAGGAAGCAAAUAUUCCUUUGCUAUCUCAUAUGUCAAUUCCAAGCCAUCCAAGUGGAAUUGGUAUAACAGUUUUUGGAAACAAAAGUCAAAAACCAUACAAAAUUGACUCAAAGCAGUCAUCUUUAUUAGGAGACUCCAAUAUUCAUGGACCUAAUGAAUCUAUGAUUUCAGCAGAGUUGUAAAUAAGUGAGGCCUUUGUAAAUAUAACUAUUUACAAUACAAACUAGAAAGACAUAGUAAAGAUUUAUAUUCAAAUAUUUUAUUAAAGAUUCUUAUGGUUGUUCAGACAUUUGCAACAAGUAUCUUCUGUGAAGUUUAACUGUGUUUAACAGGAUAGGCAAACACCAACCAGACAAAAACCAUUGCAGUGUGGACACUGAACGUCAUGGAUGAGCGCAUCAUUCCUCUAAGUACCAAAACAAAUCUUAAUCCAAACGGAAAAAUAAGUUUUAAAAUAGUUAUCACACACCUAUUACAUCUCUUUAACUAUGAGAUAUGGUGUAAGUCACAGCAGCUUUAUUAUUUGGAAACAUAUUUUGUUGUUGGUCUCUUUUUUAGGAGAUGCAAACUAUUCAGAGAUUUAUUGGAUGUGCAAUUCCAAUAUCUAGUUUAAACGCUUAUAGAUUUUACAGCGAAGAAUGUUGUUUCAAAUAUGUGAUCCCGUGGCUGGAUAAAUUACUUCAGGUAGGAUUUUGCUUUUUAUAUUAAGGUGGGAGUCUGAGUUCAGAUUCAAACCAAAAUAAUUGAAUAUUUUUUCUAUUACUGCAUAAAAUGUAGUCAUGACAUACAGUAGCAUGAGUUAUCAACUCACAGGCUGCUAAAAUAGUCUGGCAAUGUCUGAUGAAAGUAGUUGGAG